UUCCUCAAGUGACUUCAUGGGAAAAAUAAACUCAUCAUCAGCUACUAAUUUAAGCGCGCGCUGCCAAAGCUGCCAAGCGUUUUCUAACUACUCGUUUUAGAAGGGUUGUACGUUUGCGUUCCCUCAAACGUUAAUGGAGUCAACGCAACCGGCUGAAAUCCGCACCAUUCGUGAGAACUACGGGAAAGCCUUACAGUGUCUAAACAAAGGGCUUCAGUAUGACGACGCGGGGAAUAAGGACCAAGCUCUUCUUCUCUACAGACUGGGCAGGCGGCAUCUUCUCAAAGGGUUAGAGGUGAACACCCACGGUAAGCGCUGCGUCGGACGCCACUGGGACUUAGCGCGACAGACGCAGCAGAGGAUGAACGAGACUUUGAGCACCAUCAGUGAUCGUCUACAGGUGCUGGAGUCCACAGCGAACAGGGGUCAGCGCCUUUAUCCGACCCUUACUAUCCUCCAGGACCCCCAGCCAGUAGUUAGAAGAACACCUCUAUUAACUUCAGGAGGUGCCUCUGCUCAACCUGCCUCUCCUGCGGCGGGCAUCACUGUACCCGCUGAACUUCCACCAGCUUACACUCCACAACCAACAGAAGGGCAUCUGUCACUCUCUCAUGGAGGCAACAGGCCAUUUCGAGCUGCUCCAACCCAGACACCCCAGCGCCAGGCAUUUGCCCCAGUCAAUCUCAGAGAGGUUGGCAUGGAGAUCUUGUUUUUGCCCAGGGGGGUGCAGAUGUUCUUCGUUUCUGCCGAGGGUCAUGUCAGCGCCCCUUCUUAUCCAGGAUACCUACGAAUAAUCAUAUACAACAGCCAGAACAGUAGUGCCGGGUAUGCCCCAGCCUACCUACAGGUUUGUGAUUGGAUCUACCCACUGUACCCAGACUCACCAGUCUUUCUUAGUAACAAAGGUGUGUUCACAUUUCCCGAUACCACCGCAGCAGUGCCAGGGUCCUAUGUUGGGGUGGUGCUGUCCUCAGAGCUGCCUGCAGCAGACAGGGUUAUGUUCCAGGACCAGCUGUCAGCGCUGGCACAGCUCAGGGUCCAGGUAAAUGAAGAACAAGGUGGCGCUACGGGAACUGACCUGAGUGGCAAGGUUCCUCCUUCAGAAACAUCUCUAACACCAGGAGGGGAGGAAAAAACACUUCCUGUGUGGAGCGAAAAAAUGUCACAGAGCAUUCUAUCAGGGACCUCCUGGCUGGGUCGGGGGCUUGUGCGAGGAGGAGAAGCUACCGGUAAAGUCAUCCAUAAAGGAGGAACUAAGCUACGAGAAAACAUCACUCCAGAGGAGACCCCAGCAGAGGUCAGCCCCAAGGUCACCAAAAGCCUAAAUGCAGCCAAGCAGGCCACUGGGGGUGCUGUGAAAGUCAGCCAGUUUCUAGUGGAUGGUGUUGCUGCUGUAGCUGGUAGAGUUGGAAAAGAAGUUGCUCCACAUAUGAAAAAACACGGUAGCAAACUCAUCCCAGAAUCUCUCAAGAAAAGUAAAGGCGGCUGCUCCAACAUGGAUGGAGCCAAGCUAGUGGCAGGAAGCAGCAUACAAGGUUUAUCAACUCUCUGGUCAAGUCUGGAAACAGCAGCAAAGACUGUUGGCAAAAGUAUAACUUCAGAGACGGUGACUACUGUGAGGCACAAGUAUGGAGACGAUGCAGGACAAGCUGCAGACACUGCAGUCCAGUCUGCUGUCAAUGUAGGUGUCACAGCAUUUAAUUUGGACAACCUGGUCGUCAAGGGCGUACUGAAGGCCACAGGCAAACAGACUGCAGAAGCAUUGGUGAAAGACGGCUCAGGAAGAGAAGGAACUGACAAGAAAGAAAUGCCGCCUAAGAAAGGGCAGAAUGAGAAAAAAUAAUGAAAUAUUAUCUUUUUAUCAUAUGCAUUCUUGUAGCACUAAAAGUAGUGCUGUCAAACGAUGAAUCGCAUCCAAAAUAAGUUUUUGUUUACAUAAUAUGAGUAUGUACUGUGUAUAUUUAUUAUGUAUAUAUAAAUAAACACACAUGCAUGGAUAUACUUAAAAAAAUUUUAUAUAUUAACUAUAUUUAUAUGUAAUAUUAAUUAUAUGCAAAAUGUAUGUAAAUAUCUUCAAUAUAUAUUUGCAUGUGUGUAUUUAUACAUAAUUUACACAGCAUGCACACAUUAUAUAAACAAAAGCUGUUAUUUUGGAUGCGAUUAAUUGCAAUUAAUCGUUCAAAAGCACUAAAAAAGUAUACAUUUGUAUUAAUAAGGAGAUCUUAAUAAGGAUAAUACAAAAAGAUGCACUUAGACAAGUACUGUAUGUCCUGUUACUCUUACGUAAAAUAUAAUAUAUAUAAUAUUUUAUGUAUAUAAUAUAUAUAUUUUCUUAAAGAUAUUCAGAAGAUUGUACUUAUUCACCUCAUUUUUUUUUUAACGUCGAAGAAAGUCGUUUUCUGUGAAUGUGAAUGUGCCAGACUUCCGCUUCAUUAGCAGCUGUGAAAAAAUAACGAGAAAAAAAAAAACAAACAAAGAGUGUAUUCAUAACAAACAAGUGUGUUCAGAUAAUACAUUAUAAUAAAAUUGCAAGACACACCAGUUUGCCUUUUCAAGCAGCAAAACGAGCUGUUUUGUCAAAGGCUAUAGGUUUUGUAGCCUACCGGAAGCCAGACACAUUAAAUUUAUUACAAAUGGCCGCGUGCACUCCUACAGGAAAAAUAAGCUGAAUAGAAUUAAACAAUAACAGGUUAUUUGAUUUUCUUUUUUUUUUUUUUUUACCGUAUUUCAUCAAU